AAACCAGCACCAUCAUACUCAAGGCAUCAUGAAGGCUGCAUUUAGGUUCAUCUUCAUUCUGCUGGCUCUCUGGUGCUGCUUCUUUACCUCAGGCAUGUCUCAUUCUCGUGAGCCACAGGUUGACUGCAGUGGUUACAAGAAACCUUCUGAUAGGACCAAACCCACAAGAUGCACCCUGGAGUACUUCCCAAUAUGUGGCACCAAUGCUCAAACAUACACCAACAAAUGCCUCUUCUGCAGCGCAGUGGUGGCAAGUCAAGGGAAGAUCCAUUUUAAGCAUUAUGGGAACUGCUGAAUCAUUGCCACUGAUGACCAGUGGAAACAUGCUUUAUCCAUCUGACAUGGCAGCCUUGCUCAUCUCACUCCACCCUGGUCCAUUCUAAUCCACUCAGACACUUCUUCUUUUCAAUAUGUUGGUUUAAAA